AUGCUGGCGCCAGUGAGAGACUAUGAUGGCAAAGGGGAGGGGUUGGUGGUGUUGGUGACGGGUGGCACGGGCUUCAUCGGGUCGCACCUCCUCCAACGACUCGUGCAGCUCAACGAUGAGGUCCGCACCGUGGUGGGCCUCGUGCGUGCCUCCAGCAACUGCGCCCACUUUCCUCCCGCACUCGACAGCCCCGCGUCGCUGGCCGAGGCCGUGCGGGGAGUGGACGUCGUGGUGCACCUCGCCGCCAUGAUGGACUUCUACCCACAGGACGUGGCCGCGCUGUACCAGACCAACGUCGAGGGGACCCGGAACCUGCUGAGUGCGUUCGCCGACGCCCGGCGGGGCCGCGGGGGCACCUUCAUCUACAUUUCCAGCACAGAGACGCUGGGCGGUGUGGAGAAGCCGCCGGGCGAUGAGCAAACGGAGCUGCGGCCGGUGUAUGAGUACGGGCGGAGCAAGGUCGAAGCGGAGAAGGUGGUGCGCGAAGUGUCGGAGCGCCUUGGCGUGGACCACAUCAUCCUGCGACCUACCGGAGUGUUGGGGCCGGGCGACUUCUUCACCAUCUACGAGCUCAUGGAAAUGAUCAACUCGGGCCUCCUGUGCUUCAUCCCCGGCAGCGGCCAAGCCCAGCUCAUGUACACCCACGUCGACGACGUGGUGCAAGGCAUUGUGAAGGCGAUCGAGAGGCGGGAGGUGUGCAGGGACGACACGUUCAUUCUCUGCCCGGACGAGGGCCUCACGUACCAGCGCUGGAUCGAGGUCAUCAGCGAGGAGCUGGGCCGGGCGAAGCCCUUCCUCCACCUGCCCUUCCCAGUGGUCAAGCUCGCCACCGCCCUCCUGGCGCCCAUCAUGAACCGGGGCAAGCAGCGGACGUUCAUGUACCAGGUCUCAACCGUGACGCGCAUGGCGGAGAACAGGACGUACUCGAACGCGAAGGCGCGCAAGCGGCUCGGGUUCGAGCCCGCGUACGGCCUGGAGAAGGCCAUCCGCCAGACAGUGCGGUACAACCUGGAGAAGGGCCACAUCGCCCGCCACUACCUGUCGCCGGUCAUGGUCUACGCCUCCGUGGCUCUCCUCCUCUUUCCCGCCGUGUGGUGUCUCCUGGGCCUCAUCGACCCUCACACCUCGUGA